AUUCAGAUCAUGAGACUUCUGGUUUCACAUCCAGACCACAAAGUACAAAGCAAAAUCCUUGUCCAGUUUUUAAAUAGGUAUGAGUUCCUUUCACCCUGAAGUGCUGUUGCUCUUAAGUCUGGUCAGCCUUGUUUCAGGGCUGAGGGUGGAAACGUCAUCUUUUUCCCAGGUGCCUUUCCUCACCGUGUGGAACGCCCCCACCGCCAGCUGCCUUUCUCAGUAUGGUGUGGACCUCAACCUGGAGACCUUCAACAUUGUCCAGAACCAAAACCAGAGCUUCAUGGGUGAAAACAUAACCAUCUUUUAUGCUGAAAAGCUCGGCCUGUAUCCCAGGUACACUGACCAGGGAAAGCCUGUUAAUGGCGGAGUCCCACAAAAUGCCAGUCUUGAUGAGCACCUGAGGGUUGCCUCUGAAGACAUCCGCACCUAUAUCCCUGACAGGGAUUUCCAGGGCCUGGCUGUGGUGGACUGGGAGAGCUGGAGGCCUGUAUGGGAGAGAAACUGGGACACAAAGCAGGUGUACUGGGAGGCGUCAAGAGCACUAGUGAGAUCCAGGCAUCCAGACUGGAGCCCUGCACAGAUAGAGGCUGAAGCCCGGGUGAAGUUUGAGGAAGCAGGGAGGAAAUUCAUGGAGGAAACACUGAAACUGGGGCAGGAAGAAAGACCAAAUGGGUUGUGGGGUUACUAUGGUUUCCCCAACUGCUACAACUACUACGACAAAAGCACAAACUACUCAGGGGAGUGUCCACCUGUUGAGAUAAAGAGAAACAAUGAGCUGUUCUGGCUGUGGAACAGUUCCUCUGCUCUAUAUCCUGACAUCUACCUCAGCCUGAACCUGCGAGGCCUCAGCAGAGAAGUGCUCCUCUACUCUCACCAUCGCAUCCUGGAGGCCAUGAGAGUGGGGGCUCAGGCGACUCCAGUAACACCACCUGUGUUCCCCUACGCUCGCAUCGUCUACACCUACACGUUGGAUUUCCUCUCUCUGGAGCACCUGGUCUACACCAUCGGAGAGAGCGCUGCUUUAGGAUCUGCAGGGGUGGUCCUCUGGGGCGACCAUGCUUUCUCCAAAUCUCAGGCCACAUGUAAUGCUGUCAAAUCCUACAUCGAUGAGAUCCUGGGUCCUUACCUGGUUAAUAUAACAUCAGCGGCCACUCUCUGCAGCAAGACCUUGUGCUCCUCUCAGGGAAGAUGUCAGAGGAAGAACCUGAACUCAAGGGCCUACCUCCACCUCGACUCUGCUGUGUGGAAGGUGAUGUCUGAGAAGAGGCCAGACGGGGUUAAGAGCUACAGAGUCUUAGGACAGAUGAAGGCACACGAGGUAACGUUCAUGAAGUCUGAGUUUCAGUGCAAGUGUUUCCCAGGGUGGGGUGGUGACAACUGCUCCAAGCCGAUUCAGGGCUAAAAGACUUUCCUUUAAGAAGGUAAUCCAGGGACAGUAAUUGUCUAAAAAGUUUGUAAUUAAUAAAUAAAUAAAUAUAUAAAAGUGAAAAUGAACCACUGCAGAGCGAGACUGGAAACUUCUGUCCUAAUCUUUGGGACACUUUUGUAGUUUUCCUUAAUUUACAUAAGAGUUGAUGUUUCAGUUUUUAAAAAGAAAUACCCAGUUUACAAUAUAUGCAGACCAAUUUGGAUUUAGAAGGGAAUGUGUUAUAAUAAAUCAAGAAUGUGUUGUUUGAUCAUAUAGAACGUCUCAACUUUCAGCUGAGUUUCAUUGUGCUUAUCGUCUCUUCACUUGGACAUUUGAGCUUCGCUGUGCAGAAUAAUGAAUCAUAAUGUAUGUGCAGAGUUUGACACAGGAAGACUGAGCUUAAUUUUAUUGAAUGUAAGUUUAAGAUUUUCAAGCUAGUUAGCUGAGCUGUUUGCGCUUGUUUUUGUCGGGGAGGAAACAUGUCAGGCACAAAUGAUUGUUCAGAAUAUUUUGAUAUGUCUUUAAAUGCGUAUGUCUGGGAUGUAUUUUAUAUUUUUAUGGAUGUUAAUUGUAAUGACAUUAUGUGUGAAUUUAAGUUUGCAGGUAAACACCACAAAACUGAUGUUUUCGCUAACAAGAUAAAUGUCUUAAAUGGACUGAUUAACUGCAACACCUCUUUUGUUGUCUGUGGCCUGGAGUGCCCCUGUGGUUGUUUUUGUGUUGGCAGGAAUGGAUGGAAACUUAAGGAGACAAUUGCUGGACAUGCUUUAAGAACUGGUAAUGAGGAAUAUUUCAUAUCCAGGCAUUACAAAAGCACACAUGGCAUUAAGCCUGAUUCUUUCAAAGCAUUUGGCUUUGAGGUCAUUAGAGGGCAAAUAGACUUAGCUGUUAACUUUUAAUUACUUCACAGGGAAACCUCUUGGCUUUUGACAUUUAAAGCAAAAAUGUCUCAAGGGCUUAAUGAAUCUAUUGACUUGACUUCAUUUUUGUAGGUGUAUGUGAAAUUAGCAUAUUAUCAGCUUGUAAAAUAUGAUUUAUUGCCACUGAUUAAACCAACCAGUGGUAUAUAAAGCAAGUGAAUGUGUGUCCACAGCGACUAAAUGCGUAAAAAAUCAGCUUACAAAUCUAUACAUCAGUAAUAAUAAACCAGCAAGAUAGUACUUUACUGGAAACAAAUUUCUUUUGAGACUUGAAGUACUUUUACGUUGACAAUUCUUCUGUACUUUUUGAAUGCAGCAGUUGUAAUAGAGUAUUUUUAUGGUGCAUAUUGCUGCUUUUACUAAUAAAAAGAAACUGAGUACCACUGUCUGGAGGGAAUGAAGGCCAUGCCGAGGAUUCAG